AUGGCCAACGUAAGCGAAACCUCGCCGUUACUACGAGCACACAAUGCCGAAUCGCGAAAUUUCGAUGAUGCCAGUACCAAGAAUGUCGUCGAAUUCAACCCGCAUGGCGAUGCCGAAGAUCCCAAGCAAUGGACGAAUACCUACAAAUACAGCGCCGUCUUCUUGCUAGCACUCACGGCUUUCACAGUAACUUUCACAUGCAUUGCAGUCGUGCCCGUAGCCAACCACAUCGUUGUCGACCUGGAAGGCCACAAGGACAGGAAAGCCAGCGUACUACUUGUAACGAUAUGGGAACUUGGUGAAGCUGCCGGACCUUUGUUCAUCGCUCCAUUAUCCGAGGUUAUUGGACGCUACCCCGUGAUGAAUGCUUGCAACAUCGUCUUCAUUGCCGCCACGCUCCUAGCUUCUUUUGCGCCAUCAGCAACAGUGUUGAUUUCUGCGAGGUUCUUGACGGGCUUGGCUGUUGCAUCGAACGUUUUGAAUCCAUCUAUYGUAGGUGACAUGUUCGUUGCCGAGCAGCGAGGAACCGCCAUGAGCUUCAUUAUGCUGGCACCUUUGAUAGGAGGUGCCGUUGGACCAGCGAUUAGUGGUGCUGUUGCGGAGACUUUGGGAUGGCGGGAAAUGCUCUGGAUUUGCGCGGGACUGGCCACGAUCUGCGAGGUUGCUUUCUUGGCAUUCUUCCGGGAAACGUUCAAAGUCCCCAUCCUCAAUCGCAGAGCUGCGAAGCUUCGCAAGGAGUCWGGAGACAAGACCUACAGGACCGUCUUCGAGAUUGAGAAUGCGCAGAAGACAGGGAACCACUUGUGGGAACAAGUCUUGCGGCCAUUUGUUGUCAUGGCAGGCUCUGGAAUUCUUCAAGCGCUGAGUUUGAUCGAAGCAGUCGCUUACACGUACUUCUAUGUCAUGUCUACGACUCUCCCCAGUAUCCUAGAAGAUUUGUACGGCUUGUCCGCUGCAGCGACCGGAGCGGCGUUCAUCUCUUUCAGCGCCGGUUCGAUCAUCAGCGUCGCGCUCUGCAAUCGACUCCUAGACAGAAUCUUCAUCCACCUCCGAGACUCGAACAAAGGGGCAGAGCAACCCGAGUAUCGACUCCCACUCGCCAUCGCAGGGAACAUUCUGCUACCUUUAACCGUUGUCCUCUACGGCUGGGCGGCAGAAUGUCACCUUCCAAUAGCAUGGGUCCUCGUCUCUCUAGCAGCCCUCGGAGCAGGUCUCAUGCUUGCAACAUUACCCCUCAUGUCCUACGUCGUAGACGCGUUUGGCAUGUACUCUGCCUCUGCGAUGACGGCGGUGAUCGUCACGAGAUGUCUGAUGGGGACUUUCCUCCCACUGGCGACGGAACCUCUGAUCGAGAAGUUCGGUUAUGGAUGGGCUUUUACGUUUCUAGGAGUCGUKACGCUGGGGUUGGCGCCUAUUCCGAUUGUGAUUAUGAGAUAUGGACAUAAAUGGCGGCAACGGAGUAGUUAUACGAAGGAUGAAUGA